AAGAGCGCUUCGCCCAUUGUUAUUUUAUACGCGAGUCUUAUUUUCAAGGUGCAAGUUUAGGAGAAAUAUCGAAAAAAAAAUUAGUUAAACAUGGGCUGGUUAGUUGCUACGUGUUUGUUGGUAUCUUUAAUCGGGUUCGGAGAGUCAGCAAAAUUACCAACCACCUGGGGUAGAUGCAAAAGGACCGAUUCAGCAUUUCCAGAGUGCAUAAGGAAGAAUCUCGAGCUCGCUAUACGAAGCAUGAACAAACCCACUCCUGAACUAAGCUUGUCUACUUUUGACCCUCUGGAUAUCCCCGAACUUUAUAUCGGAGAAGGCAAGGGACCUGUAAACGUAGCGCAGAAUUUCAAGAAUGUGCAGUUGCACGGAUUGACUAACGCAAAAGUAUUCAAAUCCAAUUUUGAUUGGGACAAGAAACAAUUGGUAACCGACUCCUUAAAUCCUGAGUUAAGAUUGGAAGCUGAUUAUAACAUGAAAGGCAGAGUUCUUCUCUUACCAAUUGUUGGAGAGGGCAGAUGCAAUGUAACCCUAUUCAACAUGAAAAUCCACCAUAUAAUGAGCUUCGAUUAUAUUGAAAAGAAGGGAAAAACAUAUAUCAAAGUUACCGAUUUUAAAGUGACCAUGGCGCCUGAAAGGGUGGAGUUUAAGUUUGAUAAUUUGUUUAAUGGACAAAAGGAUUUGGGAGAUAAUAUUAAUAAGGUUCUUAACGAGAACAACAAGGAAGUGUUUGACGAUGUCAGACCAGGAUACGAGAAGAGUUUCGGACUGAUCUUCAAGGAUCUUGCCAAUAGAGUAUUACACAAAGUGCCAGUGAAUGAUAUUUUCUUGGAUUAGAAUAUAUAAUUUUUAAGAAAUAGUGUGUUAGAUUUUUAUGUGUAUAACUUAGAGAAUAGUUUUAGUUUUUUCUUUUAAUAAUGGCGAAAUGCAGUAUUAAGGAUUAACUAGAUUAUUUUCUGAUUUUGUAAGAAAUUGUUUUGUAUAAAAGAAUAUUUUUUUUAUAAAUAAGAAAGUGUUAAUGAUAGAAAA